CAGGAGAUGACUCUACACAUGGACAUCACCAGAUGAUCAAUAGCGAAAUCAGAUUGAUUAUAUUAUUAAGGCUUACUGUUGCAAAUACAUGCCUUCCCACUCCCCCUUGCUACUGAGCAUAUAUUUCCUUCCUUUACUUUCUGUGUUUUAAGCUUAGUGGGGAGCAAGGCCUUUCUCCCACUGAGAAGCAGUAAGGCCAGAUGCCUGCUUUGUGUCCUCCCUGCUGGUGGUGUGGACACCUCACUUUUGCUGAAACAACAGGAAGUUGCAGGGAAGUAGAGACCUCCUCCUUUGAUGACUGCACAGCCAUUUCAAGCAAGAUGAUAUCUCCAUCCAUCAAAUGGCCACUUGGAACCAGGCCCUCACUGCUUUCAACACUGCUGAUUCUCUUAACGGUGGCAACUCCAUCCUCAUGUCAGAGCAGGGAACCAACAUCUCCAAAAGCUAGCAACGGGGCACCAUUUCCUUGGAAUAAAAUGCGACUUCCAGAGCACAUCAUCCCAGCUCAUUAUGAUCUCAUGAUUCACGCAAACCUCACCACUCUGACUUUCGGGGGAACCACACAGAUAGAAAUCACACCCAGCAAGCCCACCAGUACCAUCAUCCUGCACAGUCACCGCCUACAAAUAUCCAAGGCCACCCUGAGGAAGGGAGGUGGCGAGAGGCAGGCGGAAGAGCCACUGAGAGUCCUGGAAAACCCGCCUCAGGAGCAAAUUGCGCUUCUGGCUUCUGAGCCGCUGGUCGUCGGCCUCCCAUACACUAUUGUCAUCAACUAUGCUGGCAAUCUUUCUGAGAGUUUCCAUGGAUUUUAUAAAAGUACCUACAGAACCAAGGAAGGAGAAGUGAGGGUACUUGCAUCAACACAGUUCGAACCAACUGCAGCCAGAAUGGCCUUUCCCUGCUUUGAUGAACCUGCUUUCAAGGCGAGUUUUUUAAUCAAGAUCAGAAGGGAACCAAGACACCUUGCCAUCUCCAAUAUGCCACUGGUUAAAUCUGUGACUGUGGCUGAAGGACUCAUAGAAGACCACUUUGAUGUCACCGUGAAGAUGAGCACCUACCUGGUGGCCUUCAUUGUUUCAGAUUUUAAGUCUGUCAGCAAGAUGACCAAGAGCGGAAUCAAGGUUUCCGUAUAUGCUGUUCCAGACAAGAUAAAUCAGGCAGAUUAUGCACUGGAUGCCGCAGUGACUCUUCUAGAAUUUUAUGAGGAUUAUUUCAGCAUCCCAUAUCCGUUACCCAAACAAGAUCUUGCUGCAAUUCCUGACUUCCAGUCUGCUGCAAUGGAAAACUGGGGACUGACGACAUACAGGGAAUCUUCUCUACUGUUUGAUGCUGAGAAGUCUUCCACCUCAAGUAAGCUCGGCAUCACGAUGAUUGUGUCUCAUGAACUUGCCCACCAGUGGUUUGGGAACCUCGUCACUAUGGAAUGGUGGAAUGAUCUUUGGCUAAAUGAGGGAUUUGCCAAGUUUAUGGAGUUCGUGUCAGUCAGUGUGACUCAUCCAGAACUGAAAGUUGAAGAUUAUUUCUUUGGUAAGUGUUUCAACGCAAUGGAGGUAGAUGCAUUAAACUCCUCACACCCCGUGUCCACACCCGUGGAGAACCCUGCUCAGAUUCGGGAGAUGUUUGAUGAAGUUUCUUAUGACAAGGGAGCUUGUAUUCUGAAUAUGCUAAGGGACUAUCUUGGUGCUGAUGCAUUUAAAAGCGGCAUUGUAAAGUAUCUGCAGAAGUAUAGCUAUAAAAACACGAAAAACGAGGACCUGUGGAAUAGUAUGGCAAGCAUUUGCCCUACAGAUGACACACAACACAUGGAUGGAUUUUGUUCUAGAGGUGAACAUUCAUCUUCAACCGCGCACUGGCGACAGGAAGGCCUUGAUGUGAAAACCAUGAUGAACACCUGGACGCUGCAGAAGGGUUUCCCCCUGAUAACCAUCACUGUGAGAGGCAGGAACGUACAUAUGAAGCAAGAGUACUAUGUGAAAGGUGUGGCCGAUGCCACAGAAACCGGGUUCCUGUGGCAUGUCCCACUGACAUUCAUUACCAGCAAAUCAGAUGCAGUCCAACGCUUUUUGCUGAAGACAAGAACAGAUGUGCUCAUCCUCCCAGAAGAGGUGGAAUGGAUCAAAUUUAAUGUCGGAAUGAAUGGCUAUUACAUUGUGCAUUAUGAGGAUGAUGGAUGGGACUCUCUGACUGGCCUUUUAAAAGGAACACACACGGCAAUCAGCAGUAACGAUCGGGCCAGUCUCAUUAACAAUGCAUUUCAGCUUGUCAGCAUUGGAAAGCUGUCAAUUGAAAAAGCCUUGGAUUUAACCUUGUACCUGAAGCAUGAAACUGAAAUCAUGCCAGUGUUUCAAGGUUUGAAUGAGCUGAUACCGAUGUAUAAGUUAAUGGAGAAGAGAGAGAUGAAUGAAGUGGAAACUCAAUUCAAGGCCUUUCUCAUCAGGCUGCUGAGGGACCUCAUUGACAAGCAGACGUGGACGGAUGAGGGCUCCAUCUCAGAGCGAAUGCUGCGGAGUCAGCUGCUCCUCCUUGCCUGCGUGCGCAAGUACCAGCCCUGCGUGCAGAAGGCAGAAGGCUAUUUCAGACAGUGGCAGGAAGCUGGUGGAAACCUCAGCCUGCCCAACGAUGUGACCUUGGCAGUGUUUGCUGUGGGGGCCCAGACCCUCGAAGGAUGGGAUUUUCUUUAUAGUAAAUACCAGUCGUCAUUGUCCAGUACCGAGAAAAACCAAAUUGAAUUUGCUCUCUGUAUCAGCCAAAAUAAAGAAAAGCUUCAGUGGCUACUAGAUCAAAGUUUUAAGGGAGAUGUAAUAAAAACUCAAGAGUUUCCAGAUAUUCUUAGAGCUAUUGGCAGAAACCCAGUGGGAUAUCCGUUGGCCUGGCAGUUUCUGAGGGAAAACUGGAACAAACUUGUACAAAAGUUUGAACUUGGCUCAAAUUCCAUAGCCUACAUGGUAACGGGAACAACAAAUCAGUUCUCAACAAGAGCACGGCUCGAAGAGGUAAAAGAAUUCUUCAGCUCUUUGAAGGAAAACGGGUCUCAGCUCCGUUGUGUUCAACAAACCAUCGAAACUAUCGAGGAAAACAUACGUUGGAUGGAUAAGAAUUUUGAUAAGAUCAGAGCGUGGCUGCAAAAUGAGAAGCUUAAUCUGCUAUAAUGGUUCGGCUCUUGGUCGGUUCCUGUGAUGUGUAAUCUGCAAACUUUUGUUGAAUGUGAAUAUUUUUGAAGUGGAGAUGGGCCAGCUUGGCACCCACUGAAGAUGCUUCUUGCCCCUUCAAUUCAUUUCACUCCUUCCUUUUCGUGAAGACCGCUGCUUCACGUUUUCCUCAGGGAGUUGCUGCCACUGCAUGUUCCAUUAUAGGUGUGACCCCGAAAUGUACACCCAGGUCAGGGGUUCCCUACUGUGGAGAAGUAAAGUUCCUUUUUCUUCUUAUAUUGUAUACUGAAGCCCCGUGGUCUCCACACCCCUGCUCCCCACGCAUUUGUCAUUCGUUCGCUGCUGCGUCAGUCUCCUCAACAGUGAUGACUACUGAACCAUGAACCCCUGGGGCGCUCACUGAGCCAGAACGCCCCCUCUCCAUCCAACUUUCUCCCGCUUGCUGCCUGCCCAGGGGCAGACCUGUCCGGCCACAUCACGAGGCUUCCCUGUCCUCCAGCUUUGGCUGCACUCCCAGGAGGGCAGAUCAGAGCUGGGGUUGGGGAGAGAGCAGGUGAGGGUCUUUACUGCCCCCUCCCUUGCAGGUAGUCUCAGGCUGGCCUCCAGCCAAAGGGCUCAGCUCCAGGGAGGUGGCCCUCUUUCCCACCAGCCUUCUGCAUCUCUGUGCCAGUAAGACUCUUUCUUCUCUCAACUCUGCAGGGGGAAACGGAAGCCUGGCUUUCAUUAGUCCUGUCUGGACUCAUGGUUUUCAUACAGCCUGCUCAUAUUCUUGUUUAAAAACAAAACAAAAACUCCACAAACACCUUCCACAGACCCCUCCUGAGAUAAUCCUAAUUAGAGGGUGCCAUCUGUUUCCUCAAGGCCACCGACCAGCAGUGUCCCUUUUGAAAAAGCAGAGUGCUUUCAGGUCUAGGAGAGAAACCUUUCAUUGGAAGUUGAACCUGAGAGCUAUUGAUCCUUCGGUAGGUGAUGCUCCCCUCCCUGUUUCUUAUUUGGUCUGGUUUCAGUUCAGUUCAGUUCGGUCGCUCAGUUGUGUCCCCAUGGACUCUUUGUGACCCCAUGGACUGCAGCACGCCAGGCCUCCCUGUCCAUCACCAGUUCCUGGAGUUUACUCAAACUCAUGUCCAUUGAGUCGGUGAUGCCAUCCAACUGUUGAAGAAGUGACUCAUUUGAAAAGACCCUGAUGCUGGGAAAGACUGAAGGCAGGAGGAGAUGGGGCCGACAGAGGAUGAGAUGGUCUGGUUUAUAAUCCCUAAAUAACUUGUUGUUUACUGCCAGUGGGCACUGCAGACUCUACUAAAUGUAAGCUACUGUGAAAUGGAAACGACUUGCUUAUAUCAGCCUAAGUGAAGACCGGGUAUGGUGGUGUUGGAGUUGAAAUCUUUUAUGAGUUUAAUAUAUUGCAAAACUUAAGAUAAAGGAAUAGGAUAUGAAAAAUGUCAAUGUGUUCUAAUACACUAUGGAAUAGAAGGUCUUUUCUGGACAUAAAUGUGUUUAUAAUUCCAUUUUCACACAUACUGCCUGACUUAAUGGUUUAAGAACGAAAAAACAGAAAUCACUGGUCAUUUCUACUCCCCAGGUGUUUUCCUUCUAAAAAACAUACAAAGCCAAGAUUUUAAUGUAAAAUACUUUCCUUUAAUUGCAUCUUGUAUCUUGAGUAAUGAAACAUGGAAAUAGUGGUUUUCAGUUUUGGUCACCUGAGGAACCUAUUUUCAUUUGCUUUUGGAGAAGUCCAUUUUCUAAAGAGACACACAUCACCGCAACAAUGUGCAAAACCCUUUUUGGUAAUAAAAAAUGUUUUUUACCUCUAAGCAAAUAUUUGCAAUUAUUUACUGCAAAUUAGAUGGGUAAAAAGGACUGAUUUAGAUCCUGUAGCUUACUCAGUUCAUCAUUAAUUACCAGCAGACACCCAAGUCUUGAAGACAUUUUGACUAAACAAAAGGCAUAUUCAGAGAACCUUAAAUAAAUGUUUACUUUUACAGGCAUUUCUUAAAAUCUCUGGAUUUGGUA